GGUCGACAACAGUCGACCUUUACAGUUUUACGGACGUGUUGAAUUUACAGACAAUGUUUAUUAUUAAUUAAGCGAAAAUGAUGGACGUGAAGUGUACAAAUUAAGGAUGAUUCACCUGGACAGAUCAAAAAGAGAUUCCUCUAAAAUGUCAUCGGUAAAUAUAAUAAUGAAGGCAGUGGAGACUUUAAAUAUUCUUCGCCAGGAGGAAUCAGCUGAUUUGGAUUUUGGAGUCAGAAAAAAAGAGAAAAUAUCCACUUGUAUUACAAUUGCUGAUGGAGUGUGUCUUCCAGCAAUUAGAGUUGCUCCACAAUUUUCUCAAGUUCUUAGUCUUUCGAUUGAAACGUUAUUGUCGUAUUGCGACGAUAAUGACUCGGACGUUCGAACUGUGGCAGAUGAAUGUCUCAACAGGAUUAUUAGGGCGAUGGUUGAUGGCCAUAUCGUGAAAGUACAAGUUGAAUUAUACCAUGAAAUAAAAAGAAAUGGAUCUGCGCGCUCUUUAAGAGCCGCAUUAACUCGAUUUGGAUUACUUAGUCACAUGAUCCGAGCAGCGAAGGGAAAAGCUUAUGUGUCAAAUUUAAUUCCAUGUAUAGUAUCAAUUUUGAGACGGAAAGAAGAAUCUGUGAUUGAAACAUUAGCUCAGUCGCUACCAUUAAUGUUGAAGUCAUUGGGACCAUUUAUGACGGACAAAGAUGUUAAGAACUUGUUAAAAGCCUUUUUUCAAAACGUUUCAUCAACUGAAGCUACACUUCGAAGAUCUGCAGCUGGAAUGAUAUUAACGACAUGUUUAAAUUGUCGUAAACCUCAAAAUUUUCUCAGCUACGUAAUGGACAAUCUUAUAGAUAUAACGAUGCGAGCAAUUGAAACCGAUAAAGAAACUACGACUACAGUAAUAGGCGUUUUUAAUUGCUUUCGAAUAAUGUUGCCUCAUAUGAAUACCCCGUUGGAAAGUGAAUCUGAAAACGGUCACAGACUGGAGGGUUUUAUACAAAUUUACGAGCUGUGUUUGCACUACGCUAAGUGGCAUUCAAAUCACAAUGUGAUCAAUUCAGCUUUAGAAACCCUCAUUCAACUUUUGCAAUUUCCCCAAAAGGAUUUUGUGUCGGUCUUGCUGUCCAAGGAUGGCAUUGGUCACAGUAGAAUUUCAGCUACAGAAAAUAUGGGGAGACUUUCUUUGGGUCCUAUUAGUCUUUCUACGACCACGAUGAGUGGUGGAACUUCUGAUGCAACCUGGAAUUUAUUAGACUCAGAUGUACCAGAUAUACCUGAUAUUACUCCUAAAGUACAAAAGUGGAUCACAGAUUCUGAGCAAGCUUUACCCUUGAUUCAAAGGCCUCAGAAACAAGAAGUUCCCCGAGAAACUGAUGAUAUUUCUGGGAAAAUAUUGGAUGAUUAUAGCAAUUUGAAAAUUGGGACCAUUGGCAACGAAGAUCUAGAAGAUGGAAGUGAAUUUGGCAGUGAAAUUGAAAAAUCGGAAAAGAUUCCCGACUCAAGUUUACCGAGUCAGCACUCGAGACUGGAAGAAGAAUAUUUGGACUCUACAAUAAUAUCGGCGGAUUCGCCUCAAAGAAGUUUAGUGAAUGUUCCGUAUCCGGAAUUCGAUAUUGGACGAUUUUCAGGAGCAGAGGUUCCUUUAAAAUAUUGUUGUCGUUAUUUGGCUUCUUCGUUUCUUUUGACAGGCAAAGUUGGCCAGUUAAUACCGGAUAAAGUUUUUCGCGUAAGCGUUAAAUCGCUGGCGCUUACAUGCAUUGCUAAUAUUUUAAGGAUAUGUCCCGAAUUAUUUUUUAUCACGGUUGCUAGAAUACCAAACGAAGAAUAUCGACAAACAAUAUCGGACAUUUUGCUAUUUGCAAACCACUCUGAUCCGCAGUUGAGAGGAAAUGUAUCCACGAUUGUAGGAUUUUUUCUAAAAUCGUUUAUUGCCAAGAAUGGAGGUUCUUUUGAGAACAGCGAAGUCAAAAAGUUUGAACGCGAUAAUGGAAAACUGGAACUUUUGCAGGAGCUGAUCGAUUUGAUAUUAAAGGGAUUGGAAGACAAUUCCGCAAUGACAUGUAGACAGACAUUAACUGCUGUUACUACUUUUAUCAAGGAUCUUUUAGAAUCUUUAGAAAAUCAAUAUGCGAAAGUGAUAUUGAGCUCACUUCCACGAAUUGUAAAUAAUCCCUACUUUCUCGUUAGGGUAAAGUUAGUUGAGUUGCUGAGCGAGCUACCCUACAUUACUAUAGAACACGUAACGAGUGGAACUCACUUUCAAGAAAACGUAAUUUCCGUUCUUGUCCAAUUGCUAGGCGAUCAGGAUCAAAGGGUGAGAUGUGCAGCGAGCAAUGCUAUCGUUAAAAUAAUUCCAUCAUUGUAUUAUCGACACCCGCAAGAAGACGCUGUAACUAGAAAAGCGUCUCUUCAUACAGAUCAGUAUUUAUCGACAGUAAUUUCCGAUCCCUUAGAGUUUUCAGCAUCUUAUGCAGAACACAAGCUCCUAAUCAAUAGUCUGAUAAAACCCUACAAUUCUUUAUACGUUCCCAAGGAAACGCACUAUUCUGAGAGAGUAGACGACGCUUUAUCUCGAAUAGUGAAUCUGCUGAUGGAAAAACUUACCGUUUUCUCAUCGAAACAUUUAACUUACGGUUGCUGUGAAGCCUUGAGUCUUUUAAGCGAAACUUACUUCACUACAGUAUACUCAAGAGCUUGGGAUUGUGUUUUAUCAAAAAGCCAAUCAAAGAAAUCACACAAAAAAACGUCUAGCAAAGGAGAUCUGAAUGAAACUAAUUUAGCUAACGAUAUGACACUUUCUAUAGGCAAUAGUUUAAUGUCAUUAGCGAUCACUCUCUUAUCAUCAUCACCAAUAAGUUUAGAUCUUGCUACUCACAAACAUUUGCUAUUACUAGUCGGAAAUAUUGCAGCAGGAAUGGCCGUUUCUAAUCUCAAACCUGGUGAUUCAACGAGUAAAAUAGAUACUGAUUCAGCGAAAUUGUGGGGGCUGUAUAAAGACAAGCAGAUGUAUCAACAUUUAGAACUACUUUUGACACAUGUCACUAGAGUUUUAAAUAUUUUUGUCCACGUUAUUGACGAUAUUCAGUUAGUACAAGCUAUUAGUAAAUCUUCUCUUUCAUCUUUGCCAACCGUACAAACACUGUCUCCCAAAAAGAAAGUUACACCUGAGCUUAAAUCAAAAGAUAAAAUAGAUAAGUUCCAUAUGUUAAGAUUCGGUAAGGAGCAAAUGGGAGCCUUUCACAAUGUUCCUCAUUAUGUAAAAAUGUACGAGAAUCUUAAAGCUGCUCAUGCCAAUUAUAAUGUCACGUUGGUUUCCGAGGCUAGUGAAAUGUACUUGUCUUUGCUGAAUGCAACUUUGCAAGUUCUGUCGCAGCUUUUGGAAAUUGCGACGAUCGUCGAGGCUGGUAGAAUAGCUGAGGAAGUUUUACACUAUUUGCAAACUACUGUUGUUUUGUCGUCAACAAAGACAGUUCAGUGCGUUCAGCAGUUAUUGAAAUGCUUGUUUGGCACAAAUCUCUGUGCUCAGUGGAGCGAUUUCGAUAAGCAGAAGAAUUUUGAUAUGGCUGGCAGUUUUCGAGAUGAGGACAAGGGAUUCUAUAAUCAGUGUUUUCAAAAACCUGCGAGACAACUUUCUGAAACUAUCAAAACUAUUGGGAAUAAUUGCAGAGGUGGAAAUGAUCCGGAUACUGGAUGGAUUGGUCUCCUAAGAAGAAGAGGAGAACGGAAAAUGAUGUCCAUCUUUAAAAACUUGCCGAAGACUCUAGACAAGAAAUCAUCCGUUGCAUCCUACAUUCGACUUUUUGAACCAAUGGUUAUUAAGUCAUUGAAACAAUACACUGUCACUAGUUCUAUACCUUUACAGUGUCAAGUUCUCAUGCUUUUGAGUCAAUUGGUUCAACUUCACAUCAACUACUGCAUGCUAGACUCUGACCAAAUAUUCAUUGGUUUCGUGAUAAAACAAUUCGAAUUCAUCGAAGAGGGCCAAAUACUAAAAUCCGAGGAUCUCCUCCCAAGAAUCUUUGAAUUCUUAGUUCGUUUAUCCUACGAGAAAUACCAUUCCAAAAAUAUAAUCGGUGUUCCAAAGAUUAUUCAGUUAUGCGAUGGACUUAUGGCGAGUGGACAGCCACCUUUGACUCACUGCAUCCCAGCUCUCGUUCCGAUAGUAGAAGACAUUUUUCUAGCACGCAGUCCAAGUUCCAAUUUAGCGGAACAGAAAGAGCUGGAAACGACUCGAGAAGUUUUGAUUUCGAUGCUCUUAAGACUGGUAGAAUACCAUCAAAUUAUUGAACUCUUGACCAUUUGUUUAACAGAGUCUAGGUUUAAUAAUGACGGGAACGGUGAAGAGAAAUGGAGAAGAUGGUCAAGAUCUGUGAUGGAUACUCUUCUUCCAAUGUUAGCAGCAGGGAAGGUUAGAAUCGAAUCCAAAGAAGCUCAUGCAGCUCUCGUAAAGCUCUGUGCGGCUGUUUCACCAACCGUCUUUCGACCAGUAGAUCCUCUUUUAAAAGUAUUAUUAACAACUCCACCUUCCGUGGACGACCGGAUUAUAAAACUAGAACGAUGGCUUGGCAUGGUCAAUAUCGUCUUACUGUGCUUAAUCUCUUACGCUAAAGAGGAAGCCAUGCUCGCUAGACUCUCAGAUGUCAGUCCGAACAUAACCGAUUUAUCAGAUGUUGUUCUUCUACCAGAAACAAUUCAACAAUCCAGAGACCCGUUGAAUGCACUCGGAAAGCAACUGCUCGAAAUGCAACCGGACAGAAUACUGGCUAGAUUUAUAUUCAGGGUGAUAAAACUCAUAGGCGUUAAAAUGUCUGAUCUUCAAGUUUCUGGACUUAGAUGCAGCUUGCCAAUGGCUAAUUCGACUAACGAGUACUUUGUACACCAAUCAGCUCUGUUUUUGCAACUCUGCAUUCACAUGUUUGAAUCUGGCAGUCAUUGCAAAGUGGCGAACGCGACAGUGCAAAUGGUCAUUGGCAGGGACGUCCCAGAUGAGGAAAGAAUUUCCGUGGCUGACUUAAAUACAACAAUGAUUGAUGUUGGUAACUCAUGGCCAGUGUUGACUUGCCAGUGGGCAUACCUGAUGACCUUACUGAGCUACAGCGAAAUGAGUUUUUGGUCAGAAGUUUUAGGUAUACGCAGUCUAAGUUCUGAGUCUUCAAAUCCCUUUUCGAUGAAAGAAGACUCUAGAAAUAAUGUGAUUAACCUGGAUAUUAUCAGAAGAGGAGGGACCAUAUUGUUUUGUGAUUUCGUCUGUGAGAACCUGAAUGAUGCAGAGCCUUUGACUUGGCUUUUGGUGAAUCAUAUAGAGGAGACUAUUCAUUUGGCAACUGAACCACCAGUCAGAGAACUCGUUGCAGUGGCUGUACAUAGAAAUUCAGCAGCAAGUGGUCUUCUUGUCCAGGCAAUUGCAACCAAAUGUUUGGAUUUGUCAAAACCAACUUUUGUAAAACGCCUGCUUUUGUGUGUUGAAGGGGCUCAUCAUUCUCAAAGUGGUUCUGUAAUUGUAGCCCUCGUCCCGAGAUUGCUGACCUCGAAGUACUUAGCACUCUCCAGAAUGGCAGCGAACAUUGUUAGUCGCAGAGUAGAAAUUUUAUUGACAUUGGCCAUUGAAGACGUUAAAGAACAGUUGCCUAAGGAUGAGUUUAUUAAGAUAAUGGAUAUUCUGCAUACGACUAAACUCGCGAAGAAGUAUGGCGGCCUCGUGAGUUUGCUGAACAAACUUGGUACUCAGCACUACGAUCUCUCGCCUCUGCAACUCGAUCAGUGCCGUCCAUUAAAUCCGUCUGCAGUCAAAAGUAUCCAGCUAGAUCGUAACUGGUUCCUCUCUCAGAUUAAAUUACGCUGCUGCUAUUCGAGUGCAAACGGCGGAUAUUCGGAAUCUGCGCAGUUGUUGAGUAAUUUGAACUUUGAGGAAUGCAGUGGUAUCUUCUCUUGCCAAGAGUUCAACCCGAAGAUAUUGAAGGAGUGUAUAAAGUUGGGGGUGAGACUUACGAUCGAGAAGUGUCAGGAAGAGGAGUUUAGUGCAAGAACAAGGGAACAGCACUUGGAUUUCAAAGAGAGUGCACUAUACUCUGCAGCUAAGGAGUCUUUGCUGCUUCGGGUGCAGAAUGUUAAUGAGUUAAUUCCAAAGCCUCAUUGUAUAUUCAAUCUUCAGAAGAAAGAAGCAACAGCUAAGGAAACAAAAUACGCGACAAGAUUUUCCGAAUUGUUGGAAGACACGAUUUAUCGGGAGGUUCUUUUUACCAUAAUCCCCGGAAUAACAACUUAUCUUGAAACUUUGUGUAAGCUAGCAAAAUAUAAUCUUUCUGGGGUGGAUUCAAAGUUUGAGGAAGAUUUGGCAAAGUUCGCUACGCUUUGCUUAGAAACGACUCACUGGAUUAUCGACAACCAUGAGACUGGUAAAAGGAAAUUAAAACCUGCUGAAGUUGAGAUGACUUUAAGCUGUGCCAAAGAAAUUUUGAAGAAUGUGAGACUGAGUAAAGUUCUAGGUAGCGAUGUAUAUUAUUCCUGGGUUUGUUCUAUGACAAUCUCAUUGAUGAGGAUUGUUGAGCAUUUUCAGACCAACGAGACUUUGCCGUUAAUUGAAAGCUGCGGAUUAGAACCUGCUUUCGAAAACGAGGAAACUAAACCAUAUGCACAAGCCUGUAUACGAAUGGCUACUUUAGUUUCAUGGCACGAGAAGUACAAAGCUGAAGACUGUUCGCAAAACAUUCCAUUGUUUUUGCUAGAUCCCAUAGAGAGCCUUAUUGUUAGUAUAAGUAGACUACCUUUAGUAAACUCUUUCGUUCUGACACCACCUCUAGUCUGGAAAAAUGGAUGGCAAAUGACUGGAACGGGUCCGACUAAAUGCAGUUUUCCGUUACUUUCUUCGGAGUCGAAUUUCCUUCAUGAAGUAGAUAUUCUAGAACAGUUUGUGUAUCGAGUGACUCUCUUAGGCUGGUCUUCCAGAUUGCAAUUUGAAGAAGUCUGGAUGGCACUUCUCAGUGUGCUAAACAUUUUACAAAAUGAAAAGUUACCUCCUGAAGAUCUGGCUGAUUUGAGUCAUGCUGCUGGUUUAGCAGUUCAAGCCAUAACGAGAUUAUUGAUGCAAAGUAUGCUUCUACCCUGUCCUGGAAAUCCAGAAAAUAGCCGUCCAAUUCAUCAUUCACGUGAUCCUCAAUUAUCCCUUCAUAAAAUAAGUUCUCAGAAGUUAUUCUUCAUUCAAGACUUGCUGGUGUGGAAGUACGAGUCUGCUAAUGAUUUCAAGGUUAUUGGUAGCCUAUCUUUAGAUAAUAUCUUCUGCAGGGGAAACAUAGAACGGCCUACGAAUUUAGAUAAAUUCACCUAUAGUCAACUUUCGGUGGCUUAUUUGUGGUCGUUGUGCUACUUGCACGAAGAUAAGUUGAGCUCGUCUGUUUUGACGCUCAAGAACCUGAGGAAUGAUGCAUUGAUUUCAUCUUCUUUGGACAUAGAUUCGUGUUUACGGUUUCUUUUGGAACUGUAUACAUCAUGGAUGAGUUCUCAGAUGAAAAUUCCAUUAAGGCUUUUAAAGGAAGUUGUUCGAUCGAUACUUUCAAUUUCGGAAUUGUUUGUGGAAAGAGUGCAGUAUAAAUGGAUGCUUGAUUCUUGUUUGGAGUUGCUGAAGAAUCAUCCAGUUGAAGAUGAAAUAUUACACCAGUAUCUGGUUAUCGCUAUCUGCAAGGCUGCUGCGGUUCUAACACCUUUGGAUGUGGAAGUUUUGGAAAGGAUUAGACGCUUAUUGGAUGCGAGUCUUAAGUCCGGGUUUUUACCUACAAGGAUAUCUUCUUUGCAUGGAAUGUUAUAUCUUUUACAAAGUGCUGUGUUGGCAAAUUGUGAGGAUACGAUGAAUGCUGUACAUCCACUGGCGAUAGAGUACAUUCAAAAACAUAUCGACGUUCAGGAUUCUAACAGGGUCCUCUGUCAAAGUGAAGAUCAUCAAGGUAUCAUGUGGGCCUUAGUAUUCUUUUUACUCGAGCAUGCUGAAGACACACCGCCCGAUUCUGAGGCACCAGCAGUCUUAGAACUGGUUCUCUCUCUAGUCACAAGUCAGAACAUUUCGACCGCACUUCAUCAGACGCUGCUAAAGGGUUUGGAAAGGUUGGUAGCUACAAGAAGUGUCAUCGGGAAAGUUACGGAACAAAUUGUCAAGAUUUCAAUUGAUCGCUUGAAGCAAACUAAUGCUUUAUUCGCCCUGCCAGCGUUACAGCUACUCUUGACGUGCAUGUACACGGAGGCAGCCGAUCGGUUUAAUCAACCCGAUGUCGAAGAGCCGUUGCCUGAUCUAGAUCCGGAAGCGCUAGUCAGAUCGAUCGAGAGAACGUCGGCGAUAUUUGAUAAAGUUAAGAAGGGCUAUCCCAUGGAAGUUGAAAUUCUUUGUACAGUUCUUUCCGGAGUUCUAGGCGAUUUCUUCCCACCCUCGGAAAUCUUAACUAAAGUUAUCGGAGAGUUCCUUUCGCCACAACAACCACACCCGAGAUUAAUGUCUGCUGUGGUGUUUAAGGUUUGCGAAAGAGCGUGCACCAGUACUCAACUGUCUUUACUUCAAGACUGGGUAGUUUUCAGUUUGCCAAAUUUCAUUCAAAGUCUACCAAUUGUUAUGUCGACAUGGUGUUUGUCAUGUUUCUUCAUAAGCACGUCAACCAAUCAGUGGCUGAGAGCUUUAUUUCCACAUGUUCAAUCUCGGAUAGGGAAGUAUGAAUACGAGGAUAAAAAAAUUCUUUGUAUAGCAGCUUCCGAUUUUUAUUCUAAGCUAUCCAGUGAAACUCAAAAGAAGACAUUCGUGGAUACUUUUGAAGCAGCAGCAAAGGAACCUGGCACACCUUUUGUUGAUAUUUUAGCAUCCUUUUAAAAUAUAUCAGAGUUUAUUCUACCAUGGUAAAUUGUCAAGAAAAUUGUUUAUUUAUGAAUUAAAUGGUGCUUCUAUUUCCAGUUGUGUAAUUUGAAGAAUGUAUAUUUAUAUGUAUAUAAUUGAAAAACUUAUUGAGAUAAUCUGAAAAGAUUAAAACAGAGAACGUUUUUAAAUAAAUAUUU